AUGACUGAUUUCAUCGUCCGACUCUUUUUGUCGGUUUCCAUCCAUUUCUUGUCCAUUUCCAUACUGCUCGCAAUAUUUACGUUCCCUGGCCCUCAGAUGGACGACGAGCCAACUGAAUUAAACCAAUCUGAGAAGGAAAAGCCGUUCAGAAAGGAAUACUCUGAUCUCGAACCGGUAUCAAACAUUUUGAGAAUUGCCAGAAUCAUUCCACUAGCCACACAGUAUAAACCAAUUAUGCCGGUGCAUUUUGACGAGCUGAACAAGAUAUGGCCGGAGAACCCGCGCAUUCCGUCUGUGCAAUCACGGAAAGCUUGGGCGCUUGCUCGAGGCUUGAACCCUGUCAACGUGAAUAACUGGUGGUAUCGACGACGAAAGGUGGCGAAAAAGUUGAAGUUUUCGAUUCCUAGAGAUACCUAUGAGCUUGAAGUUGGAAAUCCUCCUCUAAUUCCUGCGCCGAUUAUUAAGGAGGAACCAAAGGUCGUCGUUCUGGAUUGCACUGAGCCAGGGGAGGACCAUGUGGGCGACGAUGACCAUACAGUUACUUCACCGGAGACGCAUAUACCCGGCUCUGACGACACCUACUUUUCCAUGGAUUCAACCAUUGCUCCUUCAAGUCCUAUAAUGGCCGAUAAAGAUACGAUGAAGAUCAUUACAGACGAGGAUCACGCAUAUAUUUCGCCAAAAGAGCAUCUAUGCAAUUAUAGCACACCGUCAAGUCCCUCGAUAAGCCUCAAUUCAUUCCCUUGUGAAUUGUUUCUGCAUUCAGAUAAUCCGGAAGAUGUAUAUUAUACGGCAGCGCGCCCUCUAUGCCAGUUCCUCGUGGCUGGCUCUCUCGAAGAUCAAGAGAUUACAUGGCCAGGUCUUAGAAACAUGAUGGAGCCCGAUCGCUUCUCUCUUUUUGCUAUCGACGUGGAUCCUGAUCUGGGCUCUUUUAUGCCUCUCUACUCCCACAAAACCUCAUCCGCACUGGCAGAUCUUGACCUUUCUUGUCGCUCAUCUGCUCACGACGCACCUUGUUUGGGCCCAACGCAAGUUGCACGAGGUGACCACUUCAAGCUCGCAGCUGUCACGCAGGGUUUUGUAUACCCAGUUGCCAUCAGUUGA